AUGUCAGCCAAAAAUGACGUGAUCGGGGGAAAUGCGGCGCUCUGGUUCGUCGAUCGUCAUGUCGGCGAGGGCAGGGGCGAUGGCAUCGCUUUUCGUGAAGCGUUCGGCGACAACCGCGAGAUCAGCUAUGGCGAUCUUGCCGAACAGUCGGCGCGUUUCGCCGGCGCCUGCCACCGCGCCGGCCUGAGGCGCGAAGAGCGCGCCAUCAUGCUGGUGCUCGACCAGAUCGAGUUUCCGGUCAUUUUCUGGGGCGCACUGAAGGCCGGCAUCGUGCCGAUCCCGCUGAACACGCUCCUGUCGACCUCGGUCUAUGACGCGAUCUUCCAUGACAGCCGCGCCUCGGCGCUGUUCGUUUCCAAUGAACUCUACGAGACCAUCGCCCCGGCGCUGCCGCUCAACCCGUUCAUCCGCGAAGUGAUCGUCAUCGGCGACAGCGCGCCAGAGGGCGCGCGCACGUUCAACGCGUUCAUGGAGGGUGCCGAACCGGCCGAACCGGUGACGGUCUGCGACGACGAGGUCGCCUUCUGGCUGUAUUCGUCCGGCUCGACAGGCCAGCCCAAGGGCGUGCGCCACGUCCAUUCGAGCCUGAAGGCAACGGCCGACACCUAUGGAGCACAGGUGCUCGGCGUCCGGCAGGACGACACGGUCUAUUCGGUGGCCAAGCUGUUCUUCGCCUAUGGCCUGGGCAACGGAAUGACCUUUCCGAUGGCGGUCGGCGCGACGACGCUUUUGUACAAUGGCCGGCCCACGCCCGACAGCGUUUCGCAGAUCCUUACCGAACAUCGGCCGACCGUCUUUUGCGGCGUGCCGACGCUCUAUGCGGCGCUGGUGCACAAAUGGGAGAGCGAGGGCGCCCAUCCCGAUGCGCCGCUCAGAACCUGCAUCUCGGCCGGCGAGGCGCUGCCAGAGGAGGUCGGCCGAAAAUGGCAGGCGGUCUGGGGCGUCGACAUCAUGGACGGCGUCGGCUCGACCGAGAUGCUGCACAUUUUCCUCUCCAACCGGCCGGGCGACGUGGUCUACGGCACGUCUGGCGUGCCCGUGCCGGGCUACGAGGUGCGGCUCGUCGACGAGGCAGGCGCCGAUGUCGGUGUCGGCGAAGUGGGCGAGCUGCUCGUGCGUGGCGCAUCGUCGGCCGACGGUUACUGGAACCAGCGCGACAAGAGCCGCUCGACCUUCGAGGGCCACUGGACGCGCACCGGCGACAAGUAUGAACUGACGCCGGACGGCCGCUACGUCUACUGCGGACGCACCGACGACAUGUUCAAGGUAUCGGGCAUCUGGGUGUCGCCGUUCGAGGUGGAGCAGGCACUGGUUUCGCAUCCGGCGGUGCUGGAAGCGGCAGUGGUCGCCAAGCGCGAUGAUGACGGGCUCGAAAAGCCCAAGGCCUUCCUGGUGCUCAAAUCGGGACAGGCCGGCGAUCCGGACGCGCUGAAGGCGUUCGUCCAGGACAAGAUCGGCAAGUGGAAGUACCCGCGCUGGGUCGAGAUCGUCGACGAUCUGCCGAAGACCGCGACCGGCAAGAUCCAGCGCUUCAAGCUCAGGGAGACGGCGUGA